CAAGACUUUAGAUCGAGCCGAGCCAUGAAUUGGGCAUGGCAGACGGUGCUGGCAGUUUUGGGUGUGCAGUGUGCGGCCUUCGAUGAUCGCUGGAAUGCGUUUUCACAGCCUGGAUGGCAGCAUGGAGACCGGCCCCGUGAAGACAUCAGCAUUGUGGUGCUGCUGGCCCUCAAGCAAAGGAACCUGAAGCUUCUGGAGAAAACCGCCAAGGCUGUCUCGGAUCCAGAAAGCAAGGAAUAUGGCAGACACCUGCAACGAGACGAGCUCUACGGAAUCGGGGGCUCUUCUGCAUAUGAUGCCGCCAUAGUGGAGGACUUCUUCGCUAGGCAGCCUGAGGGUAACUUCAAGUUCUCUUUCGGCAAGGACUUUGCCAGAUACAGCUGCAGUAUCUCAUGCGUGGAGAGAGUAUUUAACACCAGCCUCAGGAUUCAAGCGGGGAAGGUGUCGCCUGGGUCUACGCCUGUACGUGCAGCAACGCCAGUGAGCCUACCAGCGCAUGUGCAAAGCGCUCUGGAAGGAACCUCCUUGAAUGCCCCAUUGUUCAUGCCUCCCCAUCCGGAGCAGCCGCAGGAGCAUGCCUUUCACUAUAGCAGCUCUGGGCGAACAGCGCCGCGCGUGCGACCUCAAAUGAUUGCCGGCGACCAGUUCAUCAGCCUUCGCUUUGUUGCAUAUUGCAAGGAUGAGCUGGUGAAUGAAGAUGCCCUUGAAACUGGAAUUUGCAAAAAUAGUCUCCAUUCAAUACUUAUCACUGCCUUUGAUAUUUUGGUUCUUCAGACGGAGACAAAUUUGCAGAAGCUCGUGCGAGUGCCUGCAGUCCCGGACACGCUUGGCCAAAGGCUGCGCAAGACGAAAGAUGGCAAGCCAUGUAUGGAGUUUAACUCGACACUGAGCAGCAUCCAAAACUAUGCAGGGACCAUCGUAAGGAUCCGGUCACUCUUUAGCGAUGGCUCCGUCUCAGACUUCAGCGACGCCGGGGAAGUGAUGCAGGUCUUCCCCAUGGCUUACUCGACCCCUGAACUGCUGUCCCGCAACUACGGCAUCCCAAUGCGCGAGCCGGUGCGGCAUCCUCGGAACACGGUCUCUGUUGCUGAGUUUCUCGGUCAGUACUACAACCCAGACGACUUGGUAGCUUUCUUUAAGUUGAUGGGGGUUCAGCUGUGGGAAACAAGGGACAAGCUCCAAAUCAUCGGGGCAAAUCUUCCAAUGGCCGGCUCCGUUCUUGGAGGGGAAGCGCAGCUGGACAUUCAGUACAUCACAGCUUUGGCCUCCAACGUGUCCACUAUUUUCUGGAGUGUUCCCUCCAUUGAGCUGGCAACUCGACAGGAGCCCUUUCUGGAAUGGCUGAUGCAGUUGGAAGAUACGCCUGAUGACCAGAUCCCUUUAGUCCAUUCUGUUUCGUAUAGCGACGAUGCUUAUGCCAUGCCAUUCUGGUUCAAGCGCCGUGUCAAUGACGAGUUCAUGAAGUUGGCUUUGCGAGGGAUUACAGUGUUGGUGGCGAGUGGUGAUGACGGCGUCAGCGGCGCCAUUGUUUCGAAGUAUGGUGCAAAGUAUUGUGGAGUGGCGCGGGAGGGGUUCCCAUCGUCUUCGCCAUGGGUCACUUCGGUUGGAGGCACUCAGCUUGCUCAAGCAAAUGUGCCUGUCUGCGGCUAUUCAUCUGACACUGUGAUUGUUUCGUGCCCUUCAGAUGGGGAGGUAGCUUGUACCUCGGACAGGGGUGGCGGAAUCACCACAGGCGGCGGCUUCUCCAAUGACUUCCCGCGGCCGUGGUAUCAGGAGGCGGCAGUGCAUCAAUAUGUGGGUCAGACAGACAAGCCCCUGCCCUCCCAAAAGGACCUGAUUUACAACAGCUCUGGCCGUGCGUAUCCGGAUCUGGCUGGGCUGUCCAGCAACUAUUUGGUGCUCAUGGGCAGCGACCUGCAAGCGAUGAGCGGCACGUCAGCGUCAACGCCACUCAUCGCGUCGAUGGUGGCUCGAUGGAACGAAGACCGCCUGCAGAAUAACCUGCCGCCCCUGGGCUUCAUCAAUCCUGUCAUCUAUAACAUCCUCAAGAAUCAUCCCAGUGCCUUCAAUGACGUUCAGAUGGGAGACAACCGCUGCUUCCGAAGUGCUUGUUGCCCUGUUGGAUUCAGUGCAGCCCGGGGCUGGGACGCAGUCAGCGGAGCAGGCAGCCCCAACUUCCAAGCAAUCAGAGAGAUUUUGCAGCAGGAAGCCAUGUUUGCGUUCGCGCCGAGAUUCAGCAGGCCAGCGCCACCCCUCACUCUGAAUGCUUCAGUCCAGGGUUGGUGGCACUUGCCGCUGCUGUUGCUGCUCCAGUCACUGGCCACCGGCUUUGUGGUUUUCAUGGUGAUGAGCUGCCGCAGCUCCAAGUUGCCGCAGGUCAGGAGGCCCCUCUUGGAUGGCUGAGCUCGACGUCGGCCACGUCAGAGUACAGUUGUCCCGAGGGACAUUUGGGCGUGUCCUUUCUUUUGAGGUUCCA